AUGUUGCUGAAGCCCCUCACACUGGUGGCGGGCCUUCUCGCCGUCCCAGCCGCGCGAGCAUUCCUCGUCCCUCCCGAAGUCAGCGAUACCGACAUACAGGUGGCCAACACUAUCGACAGCAUCGCCUCCCAGAUCAACGAGAUCCAUGUUGACGUCCAGUGCCCCGGUUGCCCGGUCCUAUUGAGGAACAGACGGGGCAAGACCGUCCAGUUCAAAACCAAGUUCCCAAGCCAUCUGGAGCUGACCUUCUCUGUCGACCACUUGGCCGACCACGACCGCCUGCUGCUUAACGGUGUCGAACUUUACCCCGCGCACGAGGCGCUGACCACGGCCCUCAAGGCGCCUCAGGUCGUUGACCGAAAGACCAAGGAGAAGACCAAGGAGAAGCGGCAUCAUCCGGAUGGCGAGAGACACAAGGGCCGUUAUAGGGUUUACCCCCAACCGCAGCAAUUGAGCUUCGGCCUAAAGGUCAUGCCGGCGACGAAGGACGCCAAGACUGAGCUUGAGCUGGUGGAAAUCGAGUUUCAGAUCAUCGCAGUUGGCGUUGCCUUCAUUGACGGAAUCCCAGGCGUCAAGGUCAGCCUGGUCAAGGACAGCGAAGGCCGCCUGCUCAUUUCCAAAGUCGAGAAGGGCGAGGCCAACACGUUCGUCAAGGAGCUCCCCGGCGGUGAUGCAAAUGAGUGCACCACGGCGCUGUGCAGAUGGAUUUCCGCUGCCCGGGAGAAGCUCAAGAGCUUCAAAGGGCACUGCAGCAACAAGGGCGGCGCGGAGCCAUCCGUCUCUGGCGAGGCUUCUCAUCCCCACUCCCACCCUCAUCACCCGGCCGCCGGCCACGGGCACCAGGAGCACCGCUGGGGCAAGCUGCUCAAGCACAUGGCCUCGCACAUUCUGCUCCCCGUGCUCAUUGGUAUCGUCGCCGGUGUGAGCGUCAGCCUGAUCGGCAUGGCCGUCGGCACCGUCCUCAUCUCCCUCUGGCGUGUCUUCUUCCGCCGCCGCCACCACAGUGGCAGCAGCGGCCAUCGCCGUCGCCACUCGCACCAUAAGACCCCUCGCAAGGAGGUCGUACUUGUCGAAGAGGAGAAGGCCGGCCUGAUGGUGAACCAGGACGCCCCCCCAUCGUACGAAGAGCAGGAGACGGUGAAGACGUCACAGGUCUAG